CUGUGUGUCAGAUGACUGAGUAAAACCAUAAAACUGGAAAGAGUGUAUUGAAGAAAAAAAAUUUUGUUUAUACUGCAUAUGGUGUUACAAAUGGUGCUAAUCUGAACAGAAAACACUUUUUCCUUGCUGUUGUAGAGCAAGAACAGAGAUACAACCAAAAAUGGAAACUCAAAAGAGGCAGAAAAAACAGUGUGAUGUGAAAACAGAUCUGAACUUAUUGCUUGAAUGCCUUAAAUACCAGAUGGACUGCCCUCUAUCUCAGAAAGACACUUUGAUCACUAUUUACUCAAUUUGUCAACAAAACAGUGAAGCAAGUGAAUAUUUUCGAGAAAUUGGUGGUUUGAUGUUUGUAAAUGAUCUUGCAAAGUCAAGUAUUCAUGGCAUAGUAAAGGAAGCAGCUUUGUUUACAUUAGGAAUUACAAUGGAGAGUAAUGUUUAUUGUCAACAAACUUUGUGUACUGCUGCAUUGUUUGAAGACCUCAUUUCAUUUUUAAUUAAUAAGAAUUCUGGUGUGAACUUGAAAAGAAUGUCUGUUUAUGUCAUCUUAGCACUGGUUUCCAAUAAUAUAAGUGGGCAAACCUAUGUCAGAGAUACAGGCUGCAUUGGCCUACUGCUACAGUUAUUCAGAACAACGCUUUCCGCAUCUGAGAUCAAUCUGUCAGAUGAAGAUACUAAUCAGUGCUAUCAGCUGUGGUCCUCAGUCUGCAGUACUCUCUGUGCCUGUGUUAACAAUCCCCAGAAUGAAUAUAAUCAAAACAUUUGCUCUUCAGUUUUCCCAUAUGCCAAAGAGUGGCUGGAAUGUUGCACAAAGCCUGAGAUAGUUCGUCCUAUUUGUUCAUUUGUUGGUCUCACAGUUGCAAAUAACUCAUAUGUGCAGAAAUAUUUUGUUUCUGUUGGGGGACUGGAUACAUUAGCUAGAGUUCUCACCAGGCUUACGCAUGAUUCCAAUAUGAGUCACUCCAGCAUUAAACUUGCAAUAGCAGUAACAAAGACUCUGGAUGCCUGCGUUGCUAAUGACUCUACCAUAGGUAUUGUCUUGACAAAGUACCACACUGUGUCAGAGCUACUAAAGCUGCUGUCCAAUGACACUCUGGAUACAAGAGAAAAAAUUAGUAUUAUUCUAACCAUUGGACACUGUACUGAAGUUUGUGAAGAAAACCAGUGUGAGCUGCUCCAGAAUAAUGGUCUUCCACUUAUGAUUCAGUUAUUAACUGAGUCUCAGGAUGAGGAACUAAACAAAGUGGCUACUUUUGUGCUUAAAAACUGCAAACAAAUGACUAAACAAUUGUUCCUGAAAAUAAAUUAUAAUUCAUUAAAUGCAACCAAUACAGAGGAGUUGGACAUGCAAGUCAGAAAAAGAAGUCUAGAAGACUACUGGAAGGAAGCAAAAGAAAUUUUAUACAGAACAAACUUGCUUGAAAAAGAGUGUAAUGAGGAAAGUGCGAAAGGAGGAGUAUUUGUAGAAAGAUCCUCAGAAGCCAGUGCUGAAGCAUCCAAAUACUGUGAGGUGAAUCCUGCUGAUCCAGAAACUUACAUAGCAAGAACACAUAAAGAAAUACAUUGUCCACAGUCAGAUGAUCAGGUUCUUUCUCCAUCUGUAAAUUCUUCUGCACUGAAAAAUGAAAUAGUUAACCCUAUGAAUCUAGUAAAUGCUUCUGUGAGACAAAGUGAACAGAGGAAUAGUCUGUGUUCAGUUAAUGAACUGCAAACAGAUAGUGUACUACAAAGUCAUAGUAUAAAUGAAAGAACUACUUGUGUAAAAAAUCAAUCUAUUCAAGUAAGUGAACAAUUAUUUAAGAAACCAGCAGAGAUCAUUAAAAACGUGAAACAGACAUGCACAUCAGAUCAACACUCGGAGAUAACCAAAGGAGAAAAAAGUACUUCAGCUACAUCUACAUCCCAGAAAAUGGCAGAUUUCAGGUGUUCAGGUUGUAAAGCAGGAGAACUGUCCUUCAAUAGUAAAACCUUUACCAAGGUGUUGCAAAGUUGUCCAUACCAGUGUGACCAUCACAAAGUCAUUCUGGAAGCAGAAGAAAGACGUAAAAAGGAGCUUCUCAAAUUGACUGUUUGUAACAAUAGGAGAUAUGCAGCUUCUGAGAAAAUACUGCUGACCCCUGAGAAGAAACAAAGACUGCAUACAGAAACACCAACUUUUAGGAGCAGACUGGAUAGUUCUCAAAAAAUACUACUGACCCCAAAGAAGAAAAAAAGAGUACAUGCAGAAAUACCAACUUUUAGGAGUGAAAUGGAUGAUUUUCAAAGUAUUAUUUUGACUCCAGAUAGAAAAAAACAAUCUAAUACUUCAAAUAGAGAUGGACAUAGUAAAAAUGCGAGUUUGGCCAAUGACUGUAACUUGAUACCUACGUAUAAAAAGUCUUUACAAAAAAGCCAAGAUGCUAACUCGAACAGGCAGAGAGUCAAAGAAAUGCGCAACCUGGAAUGUCAGUGCUUAAAAGAAAAUCACCAGUAUUCAGUGGAAAGAGAUGAGAAAGGACGGACAAAUGUUGACCCUUCCAAGAAGUACUACAGGUUACAGUUGCAAAGGUGAGAAAAAACCAAAGAUCAAUAACACCUUUCAAGAGUAUUUUGGAUCUUGUUGCAGAAUGCUGAAGAAUGGCAUUUUUAACAGUGGUGUACUGUUGCAGCAAUACAAACCCUCGGAGAAUUUAGAUUGGCUUGGACUCCUGUUCUCAGUGAUAACAUUCAUUGACAGAGUUGUUCCACUUUGUAAAUUGAAAUUAUAUGUAAUUGCCUAAGUUUGUUAUUUUGGUGCUUGGGGGGGUUUGCUUUUUUUUUUUUUUUUUAAAUAAUGCUAAAGUAGCUAACAAAAUACCAGUAGAAUAAUUUAUGAGGUUCUCUGAACCUUCUUGAAUGUUUUAUUUAUGUAAUAUUUGAUCUGCCUUUUUGUUUGAAGCUCUCUAUAGUUUGCUUUACACCAUUUGUAAGAAAAGGCUCUAUCGCUAAAAUUAAUAUUUAUGUCAGAAACUGGUGUCAAAUGUUUUGUCUUGUUUCCUCUUAAUCAGUGAAAUGUUUAAAGUAGGUAAAAUAUUUUGUCGUGAGUUUAAUGUGCUGUAUGUACAGAAAAGUGUAUCUAUGACAGAAAACACCACAUGUAUGUAGUAGCAUGUAGCAGACAUCUUUUUGUGUAUUACUCAAGUAAAUAGGCAGAACUGCCAUUUCUGCUAAUUGCACAGUUUUCAGAGAAAGCUUUAUUGAAACCCUUAAGCACGUGAUUUUUCAGUGGUAGCCUUACUAUUUCAUUUGCAUAUUUUAUCUAUUCUGAUAAAGGUGUGAUUAAUCGAUAACUAAUUUGUUAUGGAA